AUGCCCUCACUUUUUGCCGGGUUCCUGACUCUCUGGCUGGCUCGUGUGGCAAGUGCCGAGAACAUUCCCGAGGCACUCGAUGCUGAUGACCAGUGUGCCGCGCCCGGCUGUGCGGUGAAUGCCCUUCAGCUCCGCGCGAAGGACUUGGUGGAGCCACCCGGUCUGCUGUCCUUGGACGCCUCCGAGGAGGAGCUGAUGAAAUGGCACAGCGGCUACUACGGCCGCGUCCCGGGCGCAGACAUCUCCGUCGCCAACUACAAGAGCCUCAUGGCAAACAUCAGCGUUCAGCAGAAGGCCAUCCUCGCACUCUACAAUCGAAGUGUGGACUUGGAGGAGGAAGUGCAUGCUUUGGUGAAGCAGGUAGAGCACGACUCCGGGCUCAAGGUGGCCGACUACCUCGCGCUUGCGGAGACGUCUGCGCGAAAGUCAGAAGAUCAAGCCCAGAAGAAUCGGCCAAGAGAAGCCCAUGUAAAGAAAUGGUUGAGCUACAUGGAUCAGGAGAUGGGUGUUGUGUUCAAGAAGUUGAACUCGAACGGCCAGUAUGUGGCAGCGUCCGGGACGCUUAUGAGCAAGAAUCCUGUUCCAUUGAAGCUCAAGACGCAGACCUUCAAUUCUUUGGCCCAGACGGAGCCCAACACGACCGAGCCCGUGAUGCCGGGCGAUCACGUCGGCAUUGGUGAUGAGCUUUGGAGGAGCGUCAUUGAAAUCAUCACGAACAUCCAUGUCGCUACUACGUCAGCAGACAACCUCAAGGAGCACAUCGACAAGAUCAACAAGAUGAUCGUUGACUUCAACGAAGGAAAGCUCAUUCCGGAGGAGGGCUCUUAA